AUGCCGUCCACGUCCUUGCUUCGCGCCGCCGCCCGCGGCUCAACCUCCUUCUAUCGCGCCGCCGCUCGUCCUGUCGCCCAGCCCCUGAUGGCCCGCGCCUUCAGCACCUCGAUGUCACGACGAACCGAGCAUGCCGAGGAAACCUUUGAGGAGUUCACUGCCCGAUUCGAGAAAGAGUUUGAAAGCGUUCAGGAUGUUUUUGAGCUCCAGCGCAACCUGAACAAUGCUUUCGCCUACGAUCUUGUCCCCUCUACCUCUGUUAUCGCUGCUGCCCUCAGAGCCGCCCGAAGGGUCAACGACUUUGCCACCGCCGUCCGCAUUUUUGAGGGCAUCAAGGCCAAGGUCGAAAACAAGGGCCAGUAUGAUCAAUAUCUCAACGAGCUCAAGUCCCUUCGAGAAGAGCUUGGCGUCCCUUUGAAGGAGGAUCUGUACUCCGAGGAGAAAUAA